AUGGAGGGCAGUCCAUCCCUGAGGCGCACGACGGUGAUGCGGGAGAAGGGCCGGCGCCAGGCGGUGCGGGGCCCCGCGUUCAUGUUCAACGACCGGGGCACCAGCCUCACGGCGGAGGAGGAGCGCUUCCUCGACGCCGCGGAGUACGGCAACAUCCCCGUGGUGCGCAAGAUGCUGGAGGAAUCGCGGACGCUGAACGUGAACUGCGUGGACUACAUGGGGCAGAACGCGCUGCAGCUGGCCGUGGGCAACGAGCACCUGGAGGUGACGGAGCUGCUGCUCAAGAAGGAGAACCUGGCGCGCAUCGGCGACGCGCUGCUGCUGGCCAUCAGCAAGGGCUACGUGCGCAUCGUGGAGGCUAUCCUCAGCCACCCGGCCUUCGCCGCCAGCGGGCGCCUGACGCUCAGCCCCUGCGAGCAGGAGCUGCAGGACGACGACUUCUACGCGUACGACGAGGACGGCACGCGCUUCUCGCCCGACAUCACGCCCAUCAUCCUGGCGGCGCACUGCCAGAAGUACGAGGUGGUGCACAUGCUGCUGCUCAAGGGCGCGCGCAUCGAGCGGCCGCACGACUACUUCUGCAAGUGCGCCGAGUGCGCCGAGAAGCAGCGGCACGACUCCUUCAGCCACUCGCGCUCCCGGAUCAACGCCUACAAGGGGCUGGCCAGCCCGGCCUACCUGUCCCUGUCCAGCGAGGACCCCGUGCUCACCGCCCUGGAGCUCAGCAAUGAGCUGGCCAAGCUGGCCAACAUAGAGAAGGAGUUUAAGAAUGACUACAGGAAGCUGUCCAUGCAAUGUAAAGACUUUGUAGUAGGCGUGCUGGACCUUUGCAGGGACUCGGAAGAGGUAGAAGCCAUUCUCAAUGGUGAUCUAGAAUCUACCGAGCCCCUGGAUGUGCACAGACACAAAGCUUCACUGAGUCGAGUCAAACUCGCCAUUAAAUAUGAAGUCAAAAAGUUUGUAGCGCACCCCAACUGCCAGCAGCAGCUUUUGACGAUCUGGUACGAGAACCUCUCAGGCCUUCGUGAGCAGACCAUAGCCAUCAAGUGUCUGGUGGUGCUGGUGGUGGCCCUGGGCCUGCCAUUCCUCGCCAUGGGUUACUGGAUUGCACCAUGCAGCAGGCUAGGGAAAAUCCUACGGGCCCCUUUCAUGAAGUUUGUGGCCCAUGCUGCCUCCUUCAUCAUCUUCCUGGGGCUCCUCGUAUUUAACGCCUCUGACAGGUUCGAGGGCAUUGCCACACCACCCAAUGUCACCGUCAUCGAUUUCCCCAGGCAGAUCUUCAGGGUGAAAACCACCCAGUUCACAUGGACCGAGAUGCUCAUCAUGGUCUGGGUUCUGGGAAUGAUGUGGUCUGAGUGCAAGGAGCUGUGGCUAGAAGGCCCAAGGGAAUACAUCCUGCAGCUGUGGAAUGUUCUAGACUUUGGGAUGCUGUCUAUCUUCAUUGCCGCAUUCACUGCCAGAUUCCUCGCUUUCCUUCAGGCCACGAAAGCCCAGCAGUACGUGGACAGUUACAUCCAGGAGAGUGAUCUCAGUGAGGUCACGCUCCCACCAGAAAUUCAGUAUUUCACCUAUGCCAGAGAUAAAUGGCUCCCCUCUGACCCCCAGAUCAUUUCUGAAGGUCUGUAUGCCAUCGCCGUUGUCCUCAGCUUCUCCCGGAUUGCCUACAUCCUUCCUGCCAAUGAGAGCUUUGGCCCCUUGCAGAUCUCCCUGGGAAGAACUGUGAAAGACAUCUUCAAGUUCAUGGUUCUCUUUAUUAUGGUGUUCCUGGCCUUUAUGAUCGGCAUGUUCAUACUUUAUUCUUACUACCUUGGAGCCAAAGUAAAUCCUGCUUUUACCACUGUAGAAGAAAGUUUCAAGACUUUGUUUUGGUCCAUCUUUGGGUUGUCAGAAGUGACUUCUGUUGUUCUUAAAUAUGAUCACAAAUUCAUAGAGAAUAUUGGAUAUGUUCUUUACGGAAUAUACAAUGUAACUAUGGUAGUCGUUUUGCUCAACAUGCUCAUUGCUAUGAUUAACAGCUCAUAUCAAGAAAUUGAGGAUGACAGUGACGUAGAAUGGAAGUUUGCUCGUUCAAAGCUCUGGUUAUCCUAUUUUGACGAUGGAAAAACCUUACCUCCACCCUUCAGUCUGGUCCCUAGUCCCAAAUCUUUUGUGUAUUUCAUCAUGAGGAUCAUGAACUUUUCCAAAUGCAGAAGGAGAAGGCUACAGAAGGAUCUGGAAAUGGGAAUGGGUAACUCAAAGUCAAGGUUAAACCUCUUCACUCAGUCUAACUCAAGAGUUUUUGAAUCACACAGUUUCAACAGCAUUCUCAACCAGCCAACACGCUAUCAGCAGAUAAUGAAAAGACUUAUCAAGCGCUAUGUUCUGAAAGCACAAGUUGACAAAGAAAAUGAUGAAGUUAAUGAAGGUGAAUUAAAAGAAAUCAAGCAAGAUAUCUCCAGCCUUCGAUAUGAACUUUUGGAGGACAAGAGCCAGGCCACAGAGGAAUUAGCCAUUCUAAUUCAUAAACUCAGCGAGAAACUGAAUCCGGGCAUGCUCAGGUGUGAGUGAUGUCAUAAACUGUGCUACGGCUAUGACUACAGCACAAAUGUGGGCAAUAAUAUUUCUAAGAAUGAGAUACUUGAAAAAAAAACACCUAUGGUAUACAUUUUUUAGUACUACCUACCUUCCAUCCUGUGAAUCUUUCAGAAUUAGGUCUUAAUGGUUUUACAGUUUUAUCACAUGAAAACACAUUUUCAUUGUCUCAACAUUUUGAAAGACCCACCAUUGUAUUUAAAAUCCUAAUGUUAUGACAGGGACCAUGUCUUUCUCAUCUUUGUAUCUCCAGCAUUUAGUACAGUGCCUGGUACACAGUAGGUGCUCAAUAAAUGUUGUUGGAACUGAACUGAACUGCCAAUAAAAUAUAAAUAAAAAGAUGAUUGCUAUGUAGCAGACCUUCCCUUAUCCAAGCACUGAGGAAGUGUGGGUUUGUUUGUUUGUGGUUUUAUGUUCCGUUUUUACUAGAAACUGAAGAAAUUUUAUCCCAACUCUGACAUGGUGAGAUUUUCUUAGAAUUUUAGGCAUGAGCUUUGUUGUUAGUCUCAUUAAAUGCCAAGUAAGAAAUUUAACAAUGAUUGAAUAGAAUAUAUGAGUACAUAUUGUUUCAUAAAAUUGCUC